AUGGCUUUAAAAGAAGAUCGAAGUAAUCAAAAUCCUUCGAAGCUAGAUUCAGAUUUUACAAAUGAAGAGGAUCUCAAAACCUUUUCACAGGCACUAAAAUGUGAUACGGACGUUCCGUCACCCACUUCAGAUGAUUCAGAAUUUGGGAUAAGUCUUUCAAGGGUUCCUACAAUUACUUCACAAUCAGACUGGAAGCCUAUUUAUAAUCGUACUCCAGGGAGACAUAGGCAUAACAGAUUGACGCCCAACAUCCAAGAGCGUACACGCGGAAAACGUUCAUUUAAUGAUGAAUCAUCUUGGAGCUACAGUUUGCUACAUUAUCCACUUCUUUUUAUAACCUUAACGUGGUUGACGAUAUUGUGCCUUAUUUACGCAUUAGUUCGUUUUUCAAUACACAUUUCGGAGACAUUCAUUAUUAUGAAGGAUAGAAAGCGUUCCGCACUAUUAAAACGCCUGGAAACGGCCGGAAGCUAUGAUGAAUAUGUACAAAUUGCGAAACAGCUUGACGUUUAUUUAGGAUUUGAUGAUUGGUGCCACGAGGAUAAAUAUAGAUAUUAUGACUGGAAGACAUUAAGAAGAUUGGUUGGACGUCUGAGAAUGUUGAGGAACAAGAAAAUGUACAAGGAGCUUAUGCUUGUUUUACAAGGCUGCGUGAAAACAAAUUUCGCUGGCAUAGAAAAUCCCAUAAUGUACGCGCAUUGCUAUUUUGGUACCAAGGACUUGAUUGAGGAAUACAUAUCCGAGGUUGUGCAGUCCAUAGAUGCCAUUAUUAGAACUGAUACAUUAUCAAACAAUCACAAGCACAUAUUCUUCAAGAUCAUAUCCAGAAACUAUGGAAAGACGGCAUUGGCACUAUCAGGUGGUGCAUCAUUUUGCUAUAAUCACUUUGGUGUUAUAAAAGCAUUGCUUGAAAAUGAUCUCUUACCCCAGAUUAUCAGUGGGACAUCUGGCGGAGGUGCGAUUGCUGGGCUUGUUGGCACAAGAACAAACGAAGAGCUUCUAAAGUUAUUGGUUCCAGGAUUAGCCGACAAGAUUGACCUACUAAGCAGUGAACCAAUGUCCGUUUGGUUGAAGCGUUGGUGGAAAACAGGUGCCAAGUAUGACGCAGUAAAAUGGGCUCGGUCGGCUCAGUGGUGGACAAUGGGAUCCACAACAUUUAAGGAGUCUCAUGAAAGAACAGGAAAGAUGUUGAACAUCAGCACAGUUCCGCACGAUAUUCAUUCACCCACAAUUCUUUGUAACGAGAUUACCUCACCAAAUUGCUGUAUAUGGUCGUCCAUACUUGCUUCUGCCGCCGUUCCGGGGAUUUUGCAGCCAGUGGUGCUCAUGCAGAAGUCUAAAGAUGGCAAUAUUGUACCAUUUUCAUUUGGAAACAAGUGGAGGGAUGGUUCGAUGAGAACAGAUAUCCCAUUGGAGGCAUUAAACACGUACUAUAACGUCACAUUUUCGAUUGUUUCUCAGGUCAAUCCACACGUCAUGUUAUGGAUAUUUAAGAAUCGCGGGGAUGUCGGAAAGCCAAUCAUUAGGAAGAGGGGUAAGACUUUUCGUGGUGGAUUCAUUCCUUCUUAUCUGGAAAAUCUAAUUAAAUUGGAAAUUAUAAAGUGGUUGAAAUUAAUACACGAAUUCCAACUUCUACCAAACCUGGCCGAAAGUGAUUGGUCAAACAUAUUUCUUCAGCGUUUUGACGGCAGCGUGACAUUGUUCCCCAAGAUAGAAAUAUGGGAUUACUUGUACAUUUUGACCGAUCCAACGAAGGAGAGAUUGACAAAAAUCAUAUCAAACGGCGAACAUGUUGCGUAUCCGAAACUUUUAUUCACAAAAAAUCGUCUCUUGAUUGAGCGGGCAAUUGCAAGAGGUAGAAAUUUAACCAGAAGGAAGGAUAGACCGGCAUCACCGGAAAGGUUAGGGCAUGACGAAGAAAUGAAGUAUCAACAAAAGAUGGAAGAGGAAACACUCCAAGGAAUACAAGAUGAUGAUGGUGGUCAGGAUGAUAAUGAGGAUGAUGCUAGUAUUUAUAGUAACGAUGUUGACAGCUUUUAUGGGGAUGCAGUUCAAGAUCAAGAUUAUGGGUAUAAGAACGGAUUCUUGGGUAUACAAACAUCACCAUCCGUGAUCGGUUCGGAUGCUGAAUCGGCCGACUUUGAUAUGGAAGAAAAGGACAGGGAUAAGGAACAAAACAAGAAAAACAUUUAA